UUUCCCUUCUGCAUCUGCGGACAUGCUGAUCGUGGCUGGACGGCCUCCUCUCCCCAAAUGCUGGCUGUCGAUGUACGAUUCCACCUGUUACAUUGCACAAGAGAUUGCUGAAAAAAUCCAGGAACGUAACCGAUGUCAAAGAAAUGGUGAAAAUUCAACUAAGCUUAAUGUGACAAUCCGGUCAUUGUUGCAGAAUCUCAAGGAAAAGAUCGACCAGCUGAAGGACUUACUGCUUCGCUCUAUAUCAACACGUCAGAUAACGCAGCUGGAGGGGGACAGAAGGCAAAACUUAGUGGAUGACCUUCUCACGCGGCAGAGACAACUUCAAGCAUCUUAUAAGAAUGAUGGCACAGAGCCGGAUGUGAUAAGAUCUAGCCUAAUGGCAGGAGGGAUGACCCGAGGUGUGAUCAACCCAUGGCUACUGGAAGAGACAGAAGAAACCAGUAGGCUUGGUUUUGAUGAGCUCAAGCAGCAUCAACAGAGAAUCAUUCAAGAGCAAGAUGCUGGGCUCGAUGCGCUCGCCUCAGUCUUAUCAAGGCAAAAACAAAUGGGGCAGGAAAUCGGGAAUGAGCUGGAGGAACAGAAUGAGAUCAUCGACGACCUCACCAAUUUGGUAGCAAAUACUGAUGACAAACUGCGCAGUCAAACCCGGCGUGUGAAGAUGGUGGACAAAAAGUCAACUUCCUGUGGAAUGUUGGUGGUGAUUGUGUUGCUGCUGAUUGCAAUAGCUGUGGUUGCCGUCUGGCCAACACACUAACCACACGCGGGGACCACAGAGAUGCCACCGAGCAGCAGCAAAGCUGGACAGUGUCAUGGGAUGCGAACAACCGUAUUGCAUACACAUUUGGUGUCUUAGCUUCAUCCUAAUACCGAGUUUGUGUCCAAUGAUCAAGGCUCUCUGUGCUCCAUGCACAGCCAGAGGGCUAGGGCUAUCUAAGCGCAUUUGAACUUGAAAAGGACUCUCUUCCUCCUUUGCUUUUGUACUCCAGAGGGACACAACUGCAGUAGCUGGAUCUUUUAAGAGAUUUACUCUUCAGUGCAACUGACUCUAAGCCCCUUUUGUGGAGAGAUCUGUAGCUCUCAGAAUUUAACAUACUGUAUACUGCUCCUACGUGGUUAGUGUGAUGUAUAUAGGGAGUUCCCUCUCGCUCUCUCACUAAAUGCUGAUCUUCGGUACCACGGUUUUGCAUCUUAUACAGAAGUGGGUGUUACAAAGAACUGAUUUAUGCCAAGUUUCAAUGGAGCUGGAGGGUCGGAGAGCAGGAACAGCUCGAAGGAAAAGCUUGGUGAUGAGGGUAGAUGGAAUAUAAGAACUCAGAUGUACCUUGCAAGCAGUAUGAGGCAAUCUUUGGCUGUCAUGAGAGAAUUACUGUGUUGAUCUGCACAGAGAGAAAUGCAAACAGCAGAGAGUCCUUCCAAUGUUUAACACAAGCGGGUGCAGAGCAUUGGAAAGCACUGCAUGACGUGUGCUGGUAAGGAGGGAAGUGGCUUUCUGCUAACUGCACUCGGGACACGUUUUCCCUCAACUAACUGUGAAAGACCCAAGAUGGUGAACAGACUAGUUUUCAGAUCAGAGUUCUGCACAGCUUUCUUUGAUGGCUUUUCAUAACUGUUAAAAGUGCAAAGGAAAUAUUGCAAGUAUUUAAAAAAUUAAUUAAAUACUUUUUUCAUGUUCAUUUCUGUCCCAAAAACUCAUUCCUUUAUGUGCCAACUUAAUUGUCAGAACUGAAAGAGCAAUAAUAAUACUGAAUAAAAGCCGAUCCAUUGAUA